AUGCAGGACACCGUGUCGAUGCGCCCGUCCUUCUGCACUUGGGUCGACGGCUCGCGCAUGCACUUCUUUGCCGUCUUCGACGGCCACGGCGGCCCCGUGGUGUCGGUGGUACUGAGGGACCACAUGCACGCGAUCCUCGUGGACGAGAUGAGCCGCGCGGCCGCAGCCUACCGGAAGAAGCAGCAGCAAGACGAAGAGGCGGAGCUGUGCGCGUGGAAGGGCGCGCUGAGAAGGAGCUUCGCGCGGGCGGACGAGCUGGCGGCGUCGGGGGUGCCGGCGGGCAGCAUCAUGGGGUCCACGGCGGUGGUGGCGCUCGUGGUCCGCGGCCGCAUCCUCGUGGCCAACUGCGGCGACUCCCGCGCCGUGCUCUGCCGCGCUGGCCGCGCCGUCCCGCUCUCCCAUGACCACAAGCUGGCACGGCCGGACGAGCUGGCGGCGCCCGGCGUGCAGGGGAUCCUUACCAAGUCGCGAGCUUUAGCUCUACAUGCGUCGUGUUAUGUCACAAGCAAACAAGGCUCCUUCCUGGCUUUGUCAGCUACUGCCUACUGCUCAAUGCCUCUGUUGGCAUUGGCCGUUAAUUCGUUCUUACAAAAUAUUUUUUUGCAACUAUCUUCUUAUGAGAAAGAAAGAAAAGCCUACUAUAUAUAUAAAAUAAAGUGUGGCAGCCCAACGACGCGCUUCGUCAACGAUGAUAGUGAUAAGUCUGGUGCUACAACGUUUCCUUGUCUUGUGAGCAUAGAACAUGGAGAGGCUCGUGCUGCAAAUGACGGGAGGCAAGGGCACACAUUCCUCAAUCCUCAAAUGACUUGUGAGCCUGAUAUUACCAUAACUGCAAGGUCGGACGACGAUGACUGCCUGAUCCUCGCGAGCAACGGGCUGUGGGAUGUGAUCUCAAACCAGAAGGCAUGCAACGUCACUAAGAAGUGCCUGGAAGACAAGAGCAAGGGCGUGAAUGCAUCAGUAGGAAAGGAGGAAGAGGUUCGGUGUGUCUGUGCUGCUAUCCGCCUAACAAAUCUUGCCAUCAACGAGCAUAGCCUCGAUGACAUCAGUGUGGUCGUGCUUGAUUUGAAGGUGAGGUGUUAG